CAAAAUUUCUCUCUUUUUUCUGAAAGGGAACCUUAAACGAUCGCUUCGAUUGACAGUGCUCAGUUCCCUGUCAUUGUUGCAACCUUCUUGCAAUGGACGGGAACAAAGACGAGGCUCUGAAAUGCCUGAAAAUUGGACGAGAAGCUCUGGAAGUCGGCGAUCGUAUUCGUGCAAUGAAAUUUAUCUCGAAAGCUCGCCGCCUCGAUCCAACCCUUCCUGUCGAUGACUUCUUGUCGAAGCUAGAAGGUGAAUCUGGUGAUCCUCCGGCUCCGAAUUCACCCCCACCAAAUGGUGUUCCCCAGGACGAAGCGAACUCUUCUAGCAAGUUUUCGGUUAAUUCUUCUGUUAGGCACAGAGUUCCAUCAUAUGGAUCUUCGUCGAUUUCUCCUAAGUCUUACACAGAGGAGCAGAUCUCGAUCGUCAGAGAGAUAAAGAAGAAGAAGGAUUACUAUAGAAUUUUGGGGCUAGAAAAGGAAUGCUCUGUUGAAGACGUCAGGAAGGCAUAUCGGAAACUGUCUCUGAAAGUCCAUCCUGAUAAAAACAAAGCUCCUGGUGCUGAGGAAGCAUUUAAGGUGGUUUCGAAAGCAUUUCAGUGCCUUAGUGACGAAAAGAGCAGGAAAAGGUAUGACGUUGUUGGCUCUGAUGAAACCGUAUAUGAUAGACCCGCAGCUAGGCGUGGACCACAAGAUUUCAAUGGUUUCUAUGAGGCAGACAUCGAUGCUGAAGAGAUUUUCAGGAACUUCUUCUUUGGUGGGAUGCCUCGGGCAACCACCCAGUUUCGUGGGUUUACUUUUGGUACUGGCAUGGCACCAAGUGUACGAAUGGCUGAUCAUGGCUCGGGCAACUUCAAUAUCCGGGCACUUCUUCAGUUACUGCCCAUCCUUCUUGUGCUUCUGCUGAAUUUCCUACCAUCUUCAGACCCCAUUUAUGCUCUUUCUAGGUCUGACCCUUAUGAACACCGGUUUGUUACUCAAAAGGGUAUCAAUUAUUUUGUUAAGACGGCAAAAUUUGAUCAAGAGUACCCUCAUAAUAGCCCUGAACGUGUGAAAAUAGAACAAGAAAUCGAGAGAGCCUACAUUUCGAGUCUUGCACAAUAUUGCCAGGUUGAGUUGCAGCGGCAUCAGUGGGGUCUCACGAUUGAGACACCAUAUUGUGACAGGUUAAGAGAGAUUCAGUCAAUGGCUUGAUGUACUUUCCAGGUCCGGUCCAGUCCCUUGACUUAUUUCGUCCAUUGUGCAUUGCUAAAUUUAAUUUUGGAGGGGUUGAAUGAAUAAGACCAAUUACAUUUACUUGCUUUCUUUCUCAACCCUCAGUAGGAUAGGAUGUAAUCAUGAGACAUUUGAUUAUAGAUUUUCCAUUUGGCA